AGGUUCAUCCUGGCCUACCACUUCCGGGUCAGAAUACAACAAGAUGGCGGCCGCCUUUCGACGUUGAUGCUUUGUAUGACAGUGUCAAUGUUACCUAUUUCCUUCCAGGCAGCAUGCAAGUUUCGGAGAACGGAUACAUUUAACAAAUAAAAACUCCUACCUUCAAACGCUUCGUCGAACAACGGGAAUGUUGCAGGCAAUAGGCAACAGAGGCGUCCAGGUCGCCCGGCUCCUGACGCCCAGGCACACGGUGCUGGUGGAGGCUGUACGCGGGCGAAAGUCGCGUACGGACCCGGUGGCAAAGUCCAAGCAGGGCCGAAUCAAAGUACCUCCUCCGGUGGACCCGGUGGAGAUGGUAGUACUGCGGGAGAGAUACACCGAGUACAAGCUCAUCAUGAGGGCACUGCGUCUGGAGUUUAAGGAGGAAGUGCUCCGUAAGAAGUAUGAGGAGGAGACUGGCUCCAUGGCGGAGGAGAGAGCGAGACAGGAGGCUGUGGAGCAUCGUGACCUCAUGGCGUGGAACGAGCAGGAGAACCACCGCCUACUCCAACUACGAAUUUUGAAGCUCCAGAAAGAAACAGAAGAGGCAGAACGCAAAGAACUGGAGGUAGCACUUCAACGUGAACAAGAACAAGAAGAAUUCAUCAGGCGGAAAGAAGAGGAAGUGUUGCAGUUGCAGGAGGAGGCAAAGAACUUCAUCACUCUGGAGAACUUGGAUCAGCGCAUAGAGGACGUUCUGGACAACCCCAAGAAUUACAACUUUGCGAUCGACAAGAAAGGGAGAGCCGUGAAACAAAUUGUGUUGCAAUGAAGCAGCCUGCUUGUGUGUUUGUGCGUCUGAACGCCAUUCCAAGUCUACACAGGAAGUGGAUUUUCUUCCCAGUACAGUGGAACAGACAAACCAAUACAGAUGCUUGUGGAAUUGAAGAAAGAGCAUCAUGUACCUCAAACCAGCAAUUAAGGUCAUUCAUUCACAAGGUCCCGAUGUCGUUUUGCAUUUUGGUUUGUCUUCAGCCAAUGUAAUAAAUGUAUGUAUGGACCA